GACUUAAAAAAUGAAAUCUACUAUGAAUUCCUUGAUGACCGAAUAAACACCAUUAAAGUGAUCAGAGCUUGUUUUAUAAAGUUUUGAUUAAAAUAUAAAAAUGAAAAAGAAAAAGAUUCCUUCUUUCAAAUAUUGGCCAUCUGGGAAGGGACGAGGAUAAUAGGUUGGUGCAACUUUCCGGGAAGCUGGAAUCUAUUAAAAUAUGUGAUAACAAAGGGUCAAAUAUUUCAGACACUAUGCCGAAGCUUUUAGACUUUUAGUUGAAUAUAGUGACUUAGCGAGUAGCUGACAAUAAAGCGCGUCAUAUAAUAGAUUACAUCUUCCUAUUUCUUCUUCACUUCCACAUUGCAGGAAACUGCUUAUCAAGCUGAAAGCACAAGGCUAACUGACCAAAAACAAUAUGGCUCCUUUCACCAACACUGGAACUCGUUCAUGGACAUAUGAUGUCUUUCUGAGUUUCAGAGGAGAGGAGACACGCACAAAUUUUACUGACCAUUUGUACCAUGCUUUGCUCAGGAAGGGAAUCAACACCUUUAUCGAUGAUCAACUUAUAAGAGGAGAAGAAAUAUCACCGGCGCUGCUCAAAGCAAUUGAAGAGUCGAGGAUUUCUAUCAUUGUAUUCUCUGAAAACUAUGCAUCCUCAAGGUGGUGCUUGGAUGAACUCGUCAAGAUCCUUCAAUGUAAAGAAUUGAACCAUCAAAUGGUUUGGCCAGUUUUCUACAAGGUGGAUCCGUCACAUGUACGCAAACAAACAGGUACUUUUGGUGCUUCAUUUGCUGAAUGUGAAUGCAAAUUCAGGGAUAACUUGGAAAGGGUGCUUAAAUGGAGAGAAGCUCUUACGGAAGCAGCAAAUUUGUCUGGAUGGCAUUUCAAAGAAGGAGAGUACGAAUAUAAUUUCAUCAGCAAAAUCGUUGAGAGUAUCUCAGUCCAUGUGCUAAGCUGCACAUAUCUGCAUGUGGCCAAGUACCCUACUGGAUUACAGUCAUCUGUACGAGAUGUGAAUGUGAUAUUGGAUGUUGGGGGAAAUCGUUGUUGCAUGGUUGGGAUAUGGGGCACACCUGGAAUAGGCAAGACAACGGUUGCUAAAGCUGUUUAUAAUUCCAUUGCUCAUAAGUUUGAAAGUAGUUGUUUUGUGGAUAAUGUUAGAGAAAAUUCAAUGUCACAUGGAGGACUACUACAACUACAAGAGAGAAUUCUUCGAGAGACUCUGGGAGGCAAAGAAUUGAAUGUGUUCAGUGUCGAUAGAGGAAUCAGUGUUAUAAAGCAACGUCUGAGCCUGAAAAAGGUUCUCUUAAUUCUUGAUGAUGUGGAUCAUUUAGAUCAGUUAAACAAGUUAGCUGGAGCUGAAAGUUGGUUUGGUCAGGGCAGUAGAGUUAUCAUAACAACAAGAGAUAGGGGAUUGCUAACUCGGCAUGGAAUAGAGUUGAUAUACAAGGUCAGAAAAUUGGAUUACCAACAAGCUCUUGAGCUGUUCAGUUUGAAUGCCUUUGAAAUGAAUGCACCCCCAGAUGGUUAUUUGGAACUUGCAGAACGUGCAAUUGCCUGUGCUCAACAUCUUCCGUUAGGUCUGACACUUUUAGGAUCUCAUCUCCGUAACCAAAGCAUGGAACAUUGGCGAGCUAAAUUAGAUUGUCAGGAAGGAGAUGCUUUUGAGUCUAUUCAAAGUAUUCUCAGAAUAAGUUAUGAUGCAUUGGCAGAUCGUGUGAAACAAGUUUUCCUUGAUAUUGCUUGUUUCUUCAAGGGUCAAAAUAAGGACUAUGUGAUGCAGAUACUACAAUGUAAAACCCUCAAGAACGCUGAGGAUUGUAUUCAAGAACUCGUGCAGAAAGCCAUUAUAACUAUUGAAGACAAUAGGAUUUUGAUGCAUGACUUGCUAGAGCAAAUGGGAAAGGAUAUAGUUCAUGAAGAAUCUCCCACAGAACCUGGUGAACGUAGCAGACUGUGGUUUCAUGAAGAUGUGUCCCAUGUUCUAAGAGAAAAUACAGGAACAAAUAAAAUUAAAGGCAUCAUGAUAAAGUUGCCUAAACCAGAUGAGUUACACUUGAAUGCAAAUAGUUUCUCAGGCAUGACAAACCUUUGCUUUUUUAUAAACCAUAAUGCCUCCCUUUAUGGAGAAUUUGGUUUUGUCCCCAACAAAUUGAGGAUGAUUGAUUGGGGUAAUUGUGAGUUGCAAUCUCUGCCAUCCAAUAUUCAGUUAAAUGAACUUGUUGUGUUCAAUAUGCCUAACAGUUGCAUCAGACAACUUGGGAGCGGAUUUAAGAACUUAUCAAAGCUGACAUAUCUAAACUUAAGAGGUUGUGAAUUCCUUACAAAACUACCAGACUUAUCAGAGCAUCUUUAGCAGACUCUCUAU